AUGCAGAUUCCAGGAAAUCUUGUGCACACCAAGGGAAACCAAGACGCACUUCAAUCCCUCCUCCAACACAAGGCCAUUCAAAGGCUUGCGGGGUUUGGAAAUAGCGUACUAUACCAUUAUUCACCCAAAGUGUAUGAGCUAUAUUCCAACACCAGGAGAUUGCUCUUGGAAAAGCAGCCAGGUUUGGCAUGGAACUUUCAAAACAGGAUGUUCCCUGCAGCAACAUUCACCUUUGGUCCUACCGUGGUGACUUUGGAUCACACAGAUAACCUGAAUUUCACCAGCAGCAUGUGCAGCAUCACCACCCUAGGCGACUAUGACCCUACCAUGGGUUGA